AAUGGCACUUCCGUUUCCGGCAAAUGCCAGAUUGUGUGUCACGUGAGCCAUAUCCAUGGUAGCCGAUUUUGUCCUUGGGUGACGUUGACAUGUGGAGAGGACGAUGUCUUUUACGAGAAAACCUAGUGGGAAGGCAUUAGAUAUUUUGCAGAAUUUGCCUCGUAUUUCAUUAGCAAACUUACGACCUGAACCGGGGACCAAGAAGGCUGAGAAGAAGCGAGGCAGAGGCCAACAUGGAGGAAACAGAAGUGGCCGGGGUCACAAGGGGGAGAGGCAGCGAGGCAACCGACCUCGUCUGGGGUUCGAGGGGGGUCAGACUCCCUUCUAUCUAGCCAUCCCAAAAUACGGCUACAAUGAGGGACACAGUCGGCGGGCUCAGUACCAGCCCCUGACCCUGACCAGGCUGCAGUAUCUGAUUGACCUGGGCCGGGUUGACCCCACUCAGCCCAUUGACCUGACUCAGCUGGUUAAUGGCAGGGGAGUGACCAUCCAGCCACAGAAGAGGGACUAUGGUGUUCAGCUUGUUGGCGAGGGUGCUGGUAUCUUUGCGGCGAAAGUCAACAUAGAAGUUCAGAUGGCGUCUGAAGAGGCCAUUGCUGCCAUUGAGAGAAACGGAGGGAUUGUCACUACAGGUUUCUAUGACCCCAGAAGUCUUGCGGUCCUCUGUAAGCCUGUCCCAUUCUUCAUAAGUGGACAGCCCAUUCCAAAGAGAAUGUUGCCUGGGGAAGACAUGGUCCCCUACUACACAGAUGCUGCCAACCGGGGUUACCUGGCAGAUCCAGAGAAGAUUCAAAAAGCACGGAUAGCCUUGGCCCAGAAGUAUGGCUACGUUUUACCGGACAUUUCCAAAGACGAAUUGUUCCACAUGCUCUCUAUGAUAAAGGACCCCAGACAGAUCUUCUUUGGCCUCUCGCCAGGCUGGGUCGUCAACAUGGCCGAGAAGAAGAUACUGAAACCGACUGAUGAUAAACUGCUCCAAUAUUACAGUUCAUAAAUGAUUCAAAUUUACAUGCUCGCUCUGUUGAUGGUUGAUCGUUUUUAAAAGGAAUGUCUCUGAGCACAACUUGACAAUAGAUUCAGCUUUUUCUUAACACCACUGAUCUACUGCGUGUGUUGUAUUAAAUAUUCAUCAUUUAGUGCCAUUGUUCUGUCGUUCAUCUUAGGGGUGUUUCACCCAAGAUCUGACAAUGUAUUUCUACAGUGCAGCUCUGUAUGUAAUGCACCAUGCUUUAUGAUCAACGCUUAUAGUGGAUGGAGGAGUUCAUUUCGAUUAGGGUACAAACAUGGUACUGUCGUGCACUGAUCAGGGAAAUUCUUGGGAUAGCGGACACUUGGACUAAUGUGUUGACUUUGAUAAGUAACCCCACUGCAGUCUCGGAUGAAAGUGCUGUAAUGAUCACUUCCGCUGGUGGUGCUUUAGUUCCCCUAGCUGGAAACACCAAUGUCCAACAUGAUGGAAGGAACAUAGACCCCAACAGGUGAGGGGGAAAUAAGAAACAUAAGAUGACUCAAAGAAUGAAAACAGGAAGCAGAUGCCUGCUGAUGUGUGUUAAAUGUAAAAUGGGUUGCCUUGGCUGGAGAAGGGGGAGUUUGAAAUGAGUCAUAGGCAGCUGUAUCCUGGCCUGGACGUUCAAACGACUGUACCCCCCCCCCCCCCCCCCUUGUUUGGAACACAAUCUGAGGCACACACACUUGUAGUUCUACUCCUGUUAUGAUCUAAAGCUGACUGAUAUGUAAAGAGUAUUUAGAAAAUGCCAUGAUUGUAUUGAUGUAAUGCUCCAAAAUCACUUCCUGAUUGCUAUCUAAAUGAUAACCCUUUCCGGCAAUACUAGGAUGAGGCAUUCCACAUCAAUAAAAUAAUAAAUCUAA